AUGUCCUCGACACGUUUGUCAAGCCUCAUGCAUGGAAUUAUAGGCGAAACACAUAAUAUUGACCCCAAAGAACUCGCGUGUACCGUGUUGAGAUGCUUGCCUGCUGUGCUCUUGGGCACGUUGCUCAAUAUUCUGGAUGGAGUUUCAUAUGGAAUGAUUAUUUUCCCUGCAUCUGGUGUCUUUGCUGGAUUAGGUGGUAUGGGGGUGUCGAUGUUUUUUGUCUCCACAGUGGUGGCGCAACUUGUGUAUUGCCUUGGAGGGAGCAGCUUUAUGGGUGCUAAUGGCAGUAUGAUGAUCGAAGUUGUGCCCUUCUUUCACAUCCUCGCGUCCACUAUAGCACGUGAUAUCGGAGACUCGUAUCCGAAAGAGAUCAUUGCCACGACGAUUGCGGCGUUUGCGCUUUCGUCUGUGCUCACUGGGCUGUCCUUUUUUCUCCUUGGCUAUCUACGUUUGGGCGUGCUCAUUGGGUUCUUCCCGCGGCAUAUUCUUGUUGGAUGUAUUGGAGGGGUUGGCGUCUUCCUGAUUCUUACAGGCCUCACAGUAAGCACACGUCUCCCGUCCGAUGCACUCGAUCCGCCGACGCUGGAGACCCUCCGGUACUUCAUCUUCAAUUCACACGCCCUUGCGCAAUGGAUCCCUCCCCUUGUCCUGGCGGUGUUUCUGAGGUUCAUCACAAUGCGAUGGAAACAUCAGCUUGUGUUCCCUGUCUAUUUCAUGAUUGUGCCGGUUGUAUUUUAUGUGGUUGUUGCAGCUGCACGGCUUGAUCUUGGUGCAUUGAGGAGGGACGGUUGGCUUUUUGAUAUGGCUGAGGGAACUGGUGGCGGGGAGGACAAGUGGUAUGGAUUUUAUUCCUAUCUCGAUCUUGGAUUGAUUCGGUUUACGCCCUUAUGGACGACACUGCCGAUACAAUUUGCGCUGCACGUGUUGUUUUUCAAUAUCUUGCACCCACCUUUAAACGUUCCUGCGUUAUCGGUGUCUCUUGAUGUAGACAUUGAUACUAACAAGGAGCUUUUGGGACAUGGGUACUCCAAUUUACUUGCUGGGUUUCUAGGCACGGUACCAAACUAUCUUGUAUACGUGAAUACCUUACUGUUUUACCGCGUGGGCGGCGGGACGCGUAUUGCCAGCCUCUUGCUUGCAGUCGCUACGUUUAUCCUGCUAGUGAUAGGGACGGGACCCAUAGCGUACAUUCCCGUCAUGGUCGUCAGCGCCCUAAUCCUCGUGCUCGGCAUUGAUCUCGUCAAGGAGGCGUUGUGGGAUACACGACACCGGGUUAGCAGGAUGGAGUAUAUCACAAUAGUCAGCAUUAUGGUUACGAUGACGGCCUGGGACUUUGUCAUUGGUGUUUUAUUUGGCAUUGUCGUCAGCUGUUUCUUCUUUGUGGUACAGAAUUCGCAGAGAAGAAGCAUACGCGCAUGCUAUACUGGAGAGUCGGCAAUUUCCACGGUCAGGCGGCCUGUUGCUCACAGGGCGUACAUUCGAGAAGUGUCGAAGCAAACGAGGGUGCUUCGUCUUCAGGGAUUCCUCUUCUUUGGCACCAUCGCACAUGUUGAAGAGACUUUGAGAAACAUCGUUGAAGACGCUACCUGGCAACGGAAUCCGGUCCGCUUCGUCGUCGUCGACUUGUCCCUUGUGGUAGGGGUGGACAUGUCUGCUGCAGAAGCCUUCGUGCGUGUGCAGCGCUUGCUUGAUGCAAAAGGCGUGGUGUUGGUGUUUUGCGGUGUUACUGCCGACAGCCUCUGCGGCAAAGCGCUGAGCAGCGUGGGAAUCCUCCAAGAGCCAUCCGUAGAGGUCUUUGAAACGUUGAAUGAUGCGAUGGAAUGGACCGAAAAUGCGUAUCUGCGAGCGUGGUUUAGAUCUCAGAAGUCAUGGACAACUCCAAUAACGCUUCCUGGCCGCCGAGAUACCAGCCUUUCCUUUGAUGACGCUUUGACGGGAUCUCCGAGGCAAAUGCAACUUCGUGAUGUUGGAGAGCGCACGAUCGCUGGUGAGAAUUCGUCUGAGCCAUACAAUACUCUGCUCAAUGCGUUUUCGUCAUAUCGCGACGUAGACCAGAACACGUUCAAACAGAUCGCCCCGUAUUUUGAGCGAUUCACAUUCCCGGACGGUUUUGUCCUAUGGGAGAAUAAUGAUACCCCCGAUGGCCUGUAUAUCAUCGAGUCAGGUAUCUUGCGGGCAUCAUACAAGUUUGCAGAGCACAGCCCCAUCAUCGAGGAGUCAAUGGUCUCGGGCACUCUUGCAGGCGAGCUUUCUGCUUUGUCGGGCAUGCCGCGGAAUGCACGAGUGGUUGUAGAGCAGCAGGCGGUAUUGUGGAAGCUCUCUCUGGAAAAUAUGCGUCGAUUGGAGGCAGAACAUCCUCAUCUUGCACAGAUUUUCGUGCAACUUGUACUCAAAGCUGCAAAAGUCGAUACCGACAUUCUUCUUGCUGCCUUGGCAACAAGAUAA